UGCUAAUCCCUCCACCCUGCCCUUCCACCACACCCCACGCGCCUCCCUCCUCCGCCGCCUCCGCCUCCUCCGCCGCCGCCAGCCAUGUACUCCCCCGCACCUCUCGACCUCGAGAUCACGGUCAUAUCGGCCAAGCACCUGAAGAACGUCAACUGGCGCAACGGCGACCUCAAGCCCUACGCCGCCUUCUCCCUCGACCACGACCCCCACCUCCGCCUCUCCACCCGCCCCGACGACUCCGGCUCCACCCGCCCCGUCUGGAACGAGAUCCUCACGAUCCCGCUCCCACCCCCCGCCGCCGCCGCCGCCGCAUCGCCGCGCGACGCGACCCUCACCGUCGAGGUCUUCCACUCCAAGCCCUCCGAGACCCCCAAACCCUUGGUCGGCUCUUCGAGGUUCGCCCUCUCUCAGCUGAUCGACUCGGACGGCGACGCCCCUAGGGUUUACGCGCUCGACCUCUAUCGCCCUUCUGGUCGGCCGCAGGGGAAGCUCCGCGUGAAGCUCGCCGUCCGAGAGCGGCCUCGUCCUCCUCCGCCGCCGCCGCCGCCUCGGUAUCACGACUUUGCCCCGGAGGAUCGCGGUAAUUACUUCACUCCACCUGCUUUUUCGCAAUUCAAUAACUCGGUUCCGUGGUCUGGCUAUUCUUAUGGCCACUAUUAUUAUGCUCGGCCUCCGCCGCCGCCGCAAGCCCCGCCGAUGCGGCCUUUCUCUGAUCACGCCUCGAAUUAUGGAGCUCCAAGUGUCCCUUCAGCUCCAAUUGAUUUCUCCUCUUAUGCUGUCGAUCAUAAGCUGAAGGUGCCCAGCGGUUCCAGUUCCCCAUAUUGCCCGUCCGCCCCAGUCGAUUUUUCCUAUCCUGUGCAAGAGCAGCAUCGGCGGAUUCCUCCGCCUCGCUGGGUUUCCGAUCACAUCACGUCGGCUCCUGGUGAGUCCUUGAGCAGUGAGCAUAUGAUUCCUACGCCACGCUGGAUCUUCAAUCACAGGGCAUCAGCUCCUGUCUAUCCCGCAUCGUCAAACAGCCACAGCUCGGACAAUGUUGUCCCAAACGAGCCUGCAGCACCAUUUGAUUCUUCACGGUCUGAGCGGAGGCCCUUGCCACGCUAUGAAGAUGUUGCUAGUGCAUUGGGAGGGUUGAAUUUGGAGGAAGGAAACGCCCACAAGACUGAUCAUGCGGUGAGGAAUGCUCCCGUCUAUGGCCAUUACCAAAGUGGUUGUUGAAGCACCUUGAUGCCUGGGGUUUUUGAGCUCUACAAAGAGGGUAAAUGUGGCUAAUAAGAUAAGCUCUGAUAUGUAGAUUCUCGUAAUAUACUUGUGUAUAUGCUGUCAUAUUCUGUAUGAAGCUGCCACCCGACUUUAUUUACAUAUUGUUUGGCUUUGUUUUCUCCUACAUUGUUCUACUUGAAGCUCCAAGGCACGAUGAAAGUAUGCAUCUUUAAUGAAAUACUAUGCUAUUGCCCUGCA